CCGGCGGGGCCGCUCCCGGUGCUCAGGGAGGCGGAAGGGGAGGCGCCGCUUCCCGCUGCCCGCAGCGCCAGGAGGGACACGCAAGAAAGAUGCCCCAGGACUCGUGGGAUGGAUUCUGAAGGUCACCACUGCAGUUCCACACACACCUACCAUGACGCUGGUCCCGGUGGGUGCCACGCCCACCAGGCCCCUGAAGUGGGUUUUUGUGUUCCUCCUGGUGUUCUCCACGAUAACAACGCUGUACAUAACCUUUCCUUCCAACGCUGUGCUUGAGAAGGUGAACCUGAUGUAUUUCUACGAGUAUGAACCCGUUUACAAGCAGAACUACCCGUUCACGCUGCGGGAGCGCUGGAAGUGCCAGGACAUCCGCCCGUUCCUGGUCAUCCUGGUGUCUUCCAGGCCCAAGGAGGUGAAGGCCAGGCAGGCCAUCAGGAUAACGUGGGGCUCUCGCAGCUCCUGGUGGGGCCACCGAGUCCUGACCCUGUUCUUGCUGGGGCAGGACACCCCGAGAGGAGGCGGCGCGGCGGAGCUGUCGGUGCAGGACGAGAGCGUCCUGUAUGGAGACAUCAUCCAGCAGGAUUUCAGGGACACCUACGACAACCUCACCCUGAAGACCAUCAUGGGCUUCCGCUGGGUGGCCGAGUUCUGCCCCGGCACCAGGUUCCUCAUGAAGACCGACAGCGACGUCUUCAUCAACACCCCCAGGCUGGUGGAGUUCCUGCUGCGGCGCAAUUCCUCGGAGAGCCUCUUCACCGGCUACCCCCUCAUCGACAACUUUGUCUACAGGGGCUUCGACAGAACCAGAUCCAUCUCCUACCGGGAAUAUCCCUUCAGGUCGUACCCUCCGUACUGCGGUGGGAUGGGCUAUGUCCUGGAUGGAAAGCUGGCCCUGAGGAUUUAUGAGCUGAUGGGCCACGUCAGGCCGGUGAAAUUCGAGGAUGUCUAUGUUGGAAUUUGCUUAAACAUCCUUAAAGUCCCCGUCAGUGUCCCGGAAGAUGCCGAGCAGUUCUUCCUGUAUAAAGUUAAUUUUGACGUCUGUAAGUACCGACACCUGAUCGCAGUUCACGGCCUCACACCCAGUGAACUCGUCCAGUUUUGGCAGGAAUUGUCCUCCAGCAGCUCCGUGACCUGCCUUUGAUUCUGGAUUAACAAGGAAAACUUAAACCUGUUUGGUGUAAAAACAUUUUAAAGGGCAGGGAAAUACAAACCAAAAGCAGUUCUAGAGGUGCCUUUUGACAACGCUGCAGUGGCAGCAUCUCCCUGGAACAUCCCAGUGCUCUUAAAUGAAACCACCAGGAAUUGAUAAAGCACUUUUCCACGUGCACUCAGGGGACUCUGGAAUGCUCAGGGUACUUUGGAAUGCUCUGUCCCAUCUAUGCCUCUGACACCUCCCCACAUGGUCAGCUCCAGGGAUU